CCUUUCCUCCGUCAUCGUUCUCCCCUUCUCCCAGUUCUUCCUCGGCGUCGCGCCUCCUCCUCCCAUCUCGUAACCCUAGACAGCCCAUCAGAUCGGGGUCUCGGCUCCUCUUGGCUCACGAGACCAGGGAUUUCUCUCGCGAUCCUACGAGUGCCAUGGCGGAUGCUGAACCUGUUGAUCCGAAGAAUUAUCUUGAGGAACGUUGCAAGCCACAGUGUGUAAAAUCAUUGUAUGAUUAUGAGAGAUGCAUGAAGAGAGUUGAGAACGAUGAUAGUGGGCAGAAGCACUGCACCGGCCAAUAUUUCGACUACUGGUCAUGCGUCGACAAGUGUGUUGCUCCAAAGCUCUUUGAUAAGCUCAAAUGAUGAUGGAAUGCUGCUUUCGACGUGUGACUUCUUUGCCGUAGUUCUCGAGCUAAAUAAAUUGAACAUGUAACAAACGGUUUCAUUUUGCUAUUCAACUGGUAGAAGUCUUUGAAUAAGGCAGCAAACACGUACUGUGCUGGUGUUCAGUUUCACUAAAAGAGAAGGUAGAUGGAGCAAGGUACCCAGAGUGUUGUACCCAGAGUGUUGGUAUAACUAACCAAACGUUUUCCUGGUGGUGGUGGAUAUGAGCUUCAAAAUUCAAACUUUCAUCCUUUAUUUUGACAAUUGUUUCCAUUCAAAUUGUAUCCAUUUGUCGUGCCUUCAGUCCUUCGGUAA